AUGGACGACAGCCGAAAUCAGGCUAUCUUGACGGUCACGGCUGUUUUCCUCGGUAUUUCCCUGGUCAGUGUUGGCCUGCGAUGUUUUGUGCGUGCCAAGGUCGUGCAGGCUUUUGGGUGGGAUGAUAGCCUUAUGGUCCUCGCGAUGGUGCUGAACUUGGUCUUUGCCAUCUGUGGCCUUGUGGGCUGUAAAUAUGGGUUAGGACGGACCUUGGCAUAUUUUGUUGUCCGUCCGGAGCAUUUCACCCAUGCAUUAUUGUGCUGGUGGUUGGGGCAGGUCUUCUACGUGGUAACGUGCGUCGUCGCCAAACUCUCCAUCAUCAUUACUCUGCUACGCAUCACCGUCGACCGCAUUCACGCUUGGAUUCUUUACGCCGCUAUGUCCCUCGCCACGGCCGUUGGUGUCGUCUUCUUCUUCUUCACCGUCUUUCAAUGCAGUCCUGUCAACUAUUUCUGGCACCCGCUUUCCGAAAAUGGCAAAUGUGUCGACAAGGACGUCCUGAUUGGCAUCGCAUAUCUGUAUAGUAUCGGGGCUGCAAUCACGGAUUUAACCAUCGGUCUUCUCCCAGUGGCCCUGAUCUGGAAUCUUCGAAUGAACCGCCGCACCAAGGGGGCGAUUGUUGGAAUUUUGGGGGUGGGAUGCAUUGCCAGCGCAGCAGUCAUUAUCCGAAUUCCUUUCGUUCACCAUUACAAAGAUCGAGAGUUCUUAUAUAAUACCUACCAAAUAUCCAUUUGGUCUAACGUCGAGGCCGGCCUGGGUAUCACAGCUGGCUGUCUGACGACCCUCCGCCCCCUCGUCCGAUUUCUACGCGAUGGCUCCUCGCCGUCUCAGGCCCCCGGACCUAUUCCCUUAUCCAGCAGUGUGGCGCCAGGGCUCCACCGGUCCUCUCGGACCAAACAUGAGGAUCGUGACGACGUUCAUCAGCUAUGGACUGGCAACGAGAUGGACGACUACCAUGGGGUGACCACGACCAUCAUGAGUAGUAGCCACACCAAGCCGAUCAGCAGCAGCGAGGAGGACCUCACGCCAAGCAAUUGGAAGGUGAAGCGAUCCGUGCGGAUGUCUAUACGCGAUUCAUGA